AUGGACAAGGAAGGACUGCCCCAAUACUCCGAGGUCGUCAAGCCAUGGGCUGACCGACGCCGUAGACGCCGCAUCUUCAGAUCGGCCAGCUUGCUCUCUAGUACUCGCUUGCAAGAUGAUUACGCUACGUGUGCCGCUCUUCAGAGUGUGCCCGUCAAUCCAUCUGGUGUCCGCGAGUACAACAAGCGUUAUGUGAACGGCACUAAACCUGUGCUGAUCCAGAAUGCUACUGUCUGGACUGGCGAACCUCUGCCUGGCACAAGCUUUGAAGACGCUCACCAGGGAAAGGGCUAUUCCUGGAUCCAGUCAGAUGUUUUCAUCGAGCACGGCCUAAUCAAGAGAGUGGCCUCAUCGAUAUCGCUUGCUGAUCUCCCUUCGGAGUACGAGAUCUUCAACGCACAUGGACGUCAACUCACAGCUGGUAUCGUCGACAUGCAUAGUCAUGCGGGCCUUGGCAGUCUCGGAGGUCUACAAGGAGACGAGAAUGAGUUGUCGAGCGACAUCACCCCAUAUGUCAAGUCUUUGGAUUCUCUAGAUCCUCUCCACCCGGAAAUUCAAUGGAUCAAGUCUGGCGGUGUCACCACCUCCCUUCUCCUUCCUGGCUCAGGAAACAAUAUCGGCGGAGAGGCGUUCCUUGUCAAGUUUGCUGUUGGCAAGGAGGGUGGUCGUGCCGAGCUCAGUCAGCAAGACAUGUUCGCUGAUCCUGACCAUACCUGGAGAUACAUGAAGAACGCCUGUGGUGAGAACCCCAAACGAAUUUAUGGCAAGGUUGGCGAGAGAGGUCCAUUCAGCCGUAUGGGUGAGGGUUGGGAAUUCAGACAUGCUUAUGAGCAGGCGAGAGACUAUGUCAGAUCCCAAGACGACUGGUGUGCCGCUGCGAAGUCAGUUGGCGCCGAGAACAUGAAAAGCUACCUCCCUCAACAGCUCGAAUGGGAAAAUCUUGGAGCUGUCCUUCGAGGUCAGGUGCGAGUCAACACUCACUGUUACACCAUUCCCGACCUUGAGAUGUACGUGCGUCUUACCAACGAGUUCAAGUUCAGAGUCUAUGCUUUCCACCAUGCUCAUCAGACCUAUCUGGUACCCGACGUCCUGAAGAGAGCUUACGGCGGUACUCCAGCUGCAGCUCUGUUCGGAGACAAUAUGUACUACAAGGUCGAGAGCUACAGAGCAUCUGAGCAGGCUGGCAAAAUUCUUUAUGAGAACGGAGUCACUCCAGUUUACGUCAGUGACAAUCCUGUCAUCAACUCUCAACACGUCAAGCAAGAAGCCGCAAAGGCUUACGGCUACGGCCUUCCUUAUCACGUCGCGCUUGCUGGUUUGACUUCUGCUCCAGCCGAGCUUCUGGGCAUGGGAGAGAGACUCGGAAAAAUCAAGGCUGGGUUCGAUGCUGAUGUUGUCGUCUGGGACUCUGACCCGUUGUCUCUUGGUGCCACACCGCUUCAAGUCUGGAUUGAUGGUGCACCUCAGUUCAAGGAUCCUGUUGAGCUGAAGAAGCCCUUGACCUCUCCUAUCAAGCCCGAUCUUGCGCUCACCAAGGACCACGAUGUUGCUGAAGCAAGUAAGGAUGUUGUUUUUACUGGUGUCACUAACAUCCGCAUUCCUGGAUUGGCCUCGACCUCUGAACACAAGGGUCCUGCUACAGUCGUCGUGUCUGAGGGAAAGAUCAUUUGCGCUGGAUCUUGCAAUGCAGAAGCGCGCACCGCUACCGAGAACAAAGCUCGUACUGUGGCUCUGGAAGAUGGGUAUCUCACCCGCCCACUGACAGCGUUCGGGUCAGGCUUGGGCUUGCAGGAAAUCAUGGGGCAGCCCCAGACUUACGAUGGUGCUGUCAAGGACAAGACUUGGGCUCGCGCCGUCGACGGCCUUCUUCUUGAUGGCAAGAACCUCUUUGCAGCCUAUCACCACGGUGUGACGAAGGCCAUUUCUGCACCCAUUGCUCAAGCCUUUUCGGGUAUCUCUCUUCGUGGUGUCUCUGCCGGAUUUCUGACUGGUGCGAAGACACCACUGAGUAAGGGCGCUGUCUUUGUCGAAGAAGCGGCAGUCCACUAUGACUUCACCUUGAAAGGGAAGAGUGAAACCAAUCCUUCGAUCUCAAGCUUAGUGGCCGACUUGCGGCACAAGUUGCUCGAGGCAGUCCGCAGCAAUGAGACUAUUGUCGAUACUUACUCGGAAGCUGCAUCUCUCAAGAAGGUUGUUGAAGGCAAGUCUGCUCUAGUGUUGAGCGUCCACAGUGCCGAUAGUAUUUCUGCUCUUCUGCGCUUGAAGUUUACUGUAGAAGAGGCCAGCAAGACUCCUCUCCGUCUCGUGGUGCUCGGUGCCGCUGAAUCGCACUUGGUAGCCGAGGAACUAGCAGCCGCCGACGUCGCCGUUGUAUUAGCUCCUUUGCUUCCUUGGGCACAAUCCUGGGACCAACGCCGUUCGCUCAUGGGUGCUCCUCUUCACAACGGCACCGCCAUCGAUGUGCUCCUCGAUGCUGGAGCUCGCGUUGCUAUUGGUGUUGAUGAGAUUUGGGAGACCAGAGACCUUGGCCUCACUGCUGGUAUUGCUUACAAGAACAGCGAGGGUAGACUGACCGAGCAGCAAGCCCUUGACCUUGUCAGCACUAACUUCUACGACUUCUUGGGACUGGAGAAGCCAGAUGCUGGAAGCGAGUUUGUCAUCUACGAAGGGUCGCCACUUGAGAUUGGUGGUAGAGUGGUUGCUGUCGCUGAUGGUACUGGCAACACUGAGGUCUGGGCUUGA